AUGGGAGUCCGCGGCCUCCAAUCCUUUCUAAAGGAGAACCGCCAGUCCCUCUGCAACACUGUAAUCCUCUCGCGUGAUGGCGCCGAGCAACGUCCGCCUGUUCCCGUUGUUGUGGAUGCCUGGGGCAUCAUCUACCAGCUCUACCUUGACUCGCUGCCUUGGACUUCUGGCGGAGAAUACCUUCGAUUCUACCGCUUGACACGGCGACUCAUCAAAGCAUGGCGCAGCGUCGGGCUGGAGCCGAUGUUCGUCUUUGACGGUGCGGCACCUCCAGAGAAGCACGCAACACUCCUGGAACGCAUGCAAGGGCAGGUUUCGACCUCGCGCAUGUUUUACACCAUCUCGGCGCAAACUCGGUCAGCACCCUCGUUCUCCCGUGGCAACACCAUCCUGCCCCCAUUCACGAUGCCUGCCUUUGCGCGUGCCCUCAGCUCUCUGGACGUUUCAGCACGCUUUGUCGCGCGUGGAGAAGCAGACGGCAUGUGUGUGGUUGUUGCCGACCAACUAGGCGGCUACGUCCUGGGCAAGGACACCGACUUUAUCAUCCUGUCGUCGGCGGCCAGCGGCAACAUGAAGGGAUACGUUCCGCUCGACAUGGUCGAGUGGAUCGAGGGCGAGCGCUCUGAGGGUCGCGCAGAUGGUGGCAGCUUUAUGACUGUCACUGCCAAGAAGCAGCAGGCGCGCAUGUCCCGCCUCCUUCCGCCCAAGAACUACCGUAACCCGACUCUGGUACUCUACACCUACAACGCGCCAUCGCUCUGCCGGCGUCUCCGCUUGCCCGCUAACAUGCUCCCCCUUCUCUCCUCGCUCGUCGGUAACGACUACACCCCAACCUCGGCUGCCGACCUGUUCUUUUCCGGCGGGGCCAAGCCAGCCGAACGCAUUGAGAAGGUUGCUCGCAUUCUGAGAGAACAGCUCGCUCGCCCGCUCGCCCACAGCGACGUGACGGACCUCGUCCGCCGAGUCGUGCGCAAGCUCUGCACCAGGCCAUACGUCGACGAUCACGAGGUUGAUGAGCUUGUCGACGCUGUCAUCGAGGCGACUAUCCAAUACGUCCUCCCUCAGACAGGCGAGUGCUGCUCGAUCUAUCCGUUCUGCGGCGAGGGCGGGUGCCAGACCAACCUCAGCCGCCUAUCCACUCCACUCGCUACACCACCGUCACCCCCUGAGGGGGUCGCGGCGUACGCCGCUGCCCAGCGUCGUGGCUUGUUGCAUAACAUCACGCACGCCUUCCUCUAUCCCGACCGCCUGUACCUUUGGUCCGUUCUCGAAGACCCGUCUGGACCAUGCUCGCGUGCGUCCUCAUCAGCAACGAUUGCCCGACAGGCCGCCUACUCAAUCGCAGACGAGGCGCUGGGUGGUCUUUCGUUCCCAGAACCAACCAUCGACGAGCUCGAGGUCCUCCAGCAGGACAAGGAUGUUUGCAAGCUGCUCGGCGUGGCUAGCGGAGACAAGGGUGACGCUGAAGAGAAUGAUUCCCAGGAGCAAAGACCAUCAACCCCAGAUGAAGCCGACUUAGCCGCCGCUUUCGAGCCUCCCCAGCCGAGUCACAGCGUUACAGAGUACCUCCGGCAAGGCUCGUCCAGUCGCAUCGCAUCGCGUACCCUUGAUCUUCCCACCCCCCUCACAAAUGACCCGCCAACCUGUCUCCGUCCUGUCACGGACCGCUUGAAAACGUACCUCCUGCACCUCGGUUCAGACAUCCCCGAGAUCCACGCCCUGCCACUCCGCCUCCAGCCUCUUGCCGCCGCCACUCGUAUGUGUAUCGUUGAGGCAGCCGAAAACGACACCACCGGUUCACGAAGGUGGCGCAAGGACGAGCUCGAGGCCGUUCUCCGCGCCGGUAUUGGCUGCUUGGAAGGCUGGGAUCUCAUCGCCAACGCGGAUGACGAGGAGACUACCGAGGAUGGCGAGCUCGAGGAGUCCUACCCCCUCCUGACCAACCGCAAUGCCGAGAUCGUGGCCCAGCUCUCAUCAGCGCUCGCUGACGCGUCAUUCCUUGCCCAAUCUCUCCUCCUCACACCCGACUCGGACACGGACAACAAGGACAAUCUCACCCACCUCACCCCUUACGCCUUGUUCAGUGGCUCAGCCCUGCACUUCCUCCUUUCGGGCCAAGACCCUCCGGUUUCUACGGGGUGGAGGUGGUCGGCGGCGUACCGUAACAAGUACCGCGACACAUUGGCGGCCGUCCUCGCCGACCUGCCUGCCGACGUGCUCGGCUUUGCGCGUGCACACGGGCCCAAAUCACCCAAGGCCGAGUCGCCCCAGCAGCGUCGCAAGGGCAGUAAAAAGGCCAACGGUCACAGUGCCAAUGGGUCUGCCUCGUCGGGGGGCAGGUUUGACUUGUUGAUGAGCGAGAAGCUUUAA